AAUAGCUGACUCCAUCCUUAAUUAUAGUCCUUGCUAUGGGCAUUUAAAAUUCAUCCAGUCCUAAUUCCUGCUUGACAGACUACAGAAGGUGCUACCAGGCAGAUGAAUUUUUACCAUCUUUCAUAAUGAGGAACAGAGACUUUGCCUUUUGUCUCCUGCUUUUGCCAGGUUUUUUGGGUCAAGUGCAUGGACAGAGAAAGAAAGGAUUCAAGCCAAAUUCACUUGCAAGAAAAAGUGGCCUGCAGGACUCUACUUGCUUCAUAGAUGUUGUCUUUAUUGUGGACAGCUCUGAAAGCUCUAAAAUUGCCCUAUUUGAUACUCAGAAAGAUUUUGUGGGCAGUUUGAGUGACAAGAUAUUCCAGUUGACUCCUGGUCGCUCAUUGAAAUACGACAUUAAACUGGCAGCCCUUCAAUUUAGCAGCUCUGUCCAGAUUGAUCCACCCUUUUCUUCUUGGAAGGACCUGUGGACAUUUAAGCAGAGGGUCAAGUCUUUGAAUUUAAUUGGGCAAGGUACUUUCUCUUAUUAUGCCAUCUCCAAUGCCACUAGGCUACUUAAGAGAGAAGGGCGUAAAGAUGGUGUGAAAGUGGCUUUGCUGAUGACUGACGGCAUUGAUCAUCCCAAGAAUCCAGAUAUUCAAAGUAUCUCUGAAGAUGCUAGAAAUUCUGGAAUAUCCUUUAUCACCAUUGGACUUUCCAAGGUAGUCAAUGAAGCCAAACUGCGCUUGGUAUCUGGAGAUUCACACAGUGAACCUGUUCUAUUGUUGAGUGAUCCAGCUCUUGGAAAUAAAAUCCGGGAUCGCCUGGAUAUUUUAUUUGAAAAGAAGUGUGAACACAAGAUCUGUGAGUGUGAGAAGGGAGAUCCAGGUGACCCAGGCCUUCCUGGUACACAUGGAAACCCAGGUAUCAAAGGUGAGCGAGGACCAAAAGGAAACCCGGGUGAUGCUCAAAAGGGAGAAACAGGAGAAAGAGGUCCUGGGGGAGUUCCUGGGUAUAAGGGCGACAAGGGUGAACGUGGAGAAUGUGGUAAACCAGGAAUGAAAGGUGACAAAGGAUCUGUGGGGCCAUAUGGACCAAAGGGACCCAGGGGACUUCAGGGCAUUAGUGGACCUCCAGGAGAUCCAGGCCCAAAGGGUUCUCAAGGCAACAAGGGUGAACCAGGUCCUCCUGGUCCUUAUGGUCCCCCAGGAGUUCCCGGUAUUGGACAGCAAGGUAUCAAGGGAGAAAGAGGCCAAGAAGGGAGAACAGGAGCUCCAGGACCGAUAGGAAUUGGUGAGCCUGGACAGCCAGGUCCCCGUGGUCCUGAGGGAGUACCAGGAGAUAGGGGAUUGCCUGGAGAAGGAUUGCCAGGACCAAAGGGUGAAAAGGGCUCCGAAGGACCAAUUGGCCCACAAGGAUUACAAGGCUUGUCAAUCAAAGGAGACAAGGGAGAUUUGGGACCUGUGGGGCCUCAAGGACCCGUGGGCACCCCAGGCAUCGGAAGUCAAGGGGAGCAGGGGAUUCAAGGUCCUGUUGGUCCACCUGGUCCACAAGGACCCCCAGGACAGGGCUCACCUGGUUCCAAGGGAGAAGUAGGCCAGGUGGGACCUACAGGACCUAGAGGACCAGUGGGAGUUGGAGUACAGGGUCCAAAGGGGGAGCCAGGUGCAGUUGGACUUCCAGGACAACCGGGUGUGCCUGGAGAAGAUGGGGCAGCAGGGAAAAAGGGAGAAGCGGGGCUUCCAGGAACCAGAGGCCCAGAAGGACCACCUGGGAAAGGACAACCUGGCUCCAAGGGUGAUGAAGGAAAGAAAGGAAGCAAAGGAAAUCAAGGACAGAGGGGAUUUGCAGGACCAGAAGGGCCAAAGGGCGAGCCAGGCACUAUGGGCCCUUUUGGGUUGCCUGGAGCAUCAAUUCCUGGACCAUCUGGACCAAAGGGAGAUAGAGGAGGACCCGGCAUGCCAGGACUUAAAGGGGAACCUGGAAUUGCUAUUCGAGGACCAAAGGGUGCCCAGGGCCCUCGGGGACUUGUGGGUCCCCCAGGACUCAAAGGUGAUGGCUAUCCUGGUGUAGCUGGACCACGAGGGUUGCCAGGACCACCGGGACCAAUGGGUUUACGAGGCAUGGGAGACACUGGAGCAAAGGGAGAACCUGGGGUUAGAGGCCCUCCGGGUCCUUCUGGGCCACGGGGCAUAGGAAUCCAAGGGCCAAAGGGUGAUAUUGGGCAAAAAGGCUUGCCUGGCCCCCCUGGCCCUCCAGGCUAUGGAUCACAAGGAAUUAAAGGGGAACAAGGACCUCAGGGUUUUCCUGGGUCAAAAGGCACCAUCGGCCAUGGCCUUCCAGGCCAGAAGGGAGAGCAUGGAGAACGUGGUGACAUGGGAAAGAAAGGUGAAAAGGGGGAGCUAGGAGAGCCUGGAUCUCCAGGAAAACAGGGGUUACAAGGACCCAAAGGAGACCUGGGACUGACAAAAGAAGAAAUUAUCAAACUUAUUAUUGAAAUAUGUGGUUGUGGGCCCAAAUGCAAAGAGACUCCAUUGGAGUUGGUGUUUGUGAUUGACAGUUCAGAAAGUGUGGGACCAGAGAACUUCCAGGUCAUCCAAAAUUUUGUGAAGACUCUAGCUGACAAGGUUGCCUUGGACCUUGCCACAGCCCGCAUAGGCAUCAUCAACUACAGCCACAAGGUGGAGAAGGUGGCAAGCCUCAAGCAGUUCUCCAGCAAGGAUGACUUCAAGGUGGUGGUGGACAACAUGCAGUAUCUGGGGGAAGGCACCUAUACAGCAACCGCGCUUCAAGCAGCUAAUGAUAUGUUCAAGGAAGCAAGGCCAGGUGUGAAGAAGGUGGCCUUGGUGAUCACUGAUGGACAGACAGAUUCUCGAGACAAAAAGAAACUGGCAGAAGUGGUGAAGGAUGCCAAUGACUCCAAAGUAGAGAUAUUUGUGAUUGGGGUAGUGAAGAAAGAUGACCCCAACUUUGAACUGUUCCACAAAGAAAUGAAUCUCAUUGCUACUGACUCAGAGCAUGUGUAUCAAUUUGAUGACUUCUUUGCUCUGCAUGAUACCCUGAAGCAAAAGUUGUCUAAAAAAAUUUGUGAAGAUUUUGAUUCCUAUCUCAUUCAAGUUUUUGGAUCAUCCUCUCUUCAGCCUACAUUUGGGAUGUCAGGAGAAGACCUCAGUCCAUUUACCCCGGAGCCUGUGAAAGAAACUUCUGAGUUAUUUAAUGUUUCUAGAAGCCAGAGUGAGAAGAAUGAGCCUCCCAUAAUGACUCGGGCUGACGACUUGGAAGUUACUACCUCACCUGAGGCUGCCAACACUCUUGGGCCAUUGCUCAACAGAACUCCAAGUCCCAGUUGGAUUUUGCAGUCAGAAAAUUUUGUGUACAAAGAUCCUAGAUGCCUGGAAGCCUUAAAGCCUGGAAACUGUGGUGACUAUGUGGUUCGAUGGUAUUAUGAUAGGCAGGUCAACUCCUGUGCCCGCUUUUGGUUCAGUGGCUGCAGUGGCUCGGGAAAUAGAUUCAACAGUGAAAAGGAAUGUCAAGAAGUCUGCAUGGAAGGGUGAACAGUCUUAUAACUCCCGCUCAAGUUCAAUGGCAC